CAUCUUUUCUUGUGUCUCUUUCUUUUCUUUCUUUUCAUUUUUUAUUUGUCUCUCUUUCUCUCUUUCUCUCCAUUUUUGUUGAGAAAAAUUGUCUCUCUCACUCUUCUCACUCUGAUAAUGUGUUCGCUCUUGAUUUUCUCCCUCUCCUUGUCUCCCUUCAAUCCAUAUUCAUCACCUUCGUCACCAUCAUCUUCAUCUUUGGCUCCGUCAUAAUCCAUCAAUAUCUUUAAUCCAACCAUAAUUUACAUAUUCUUUCAAACGGAAAUUAAUCAUCUCUUCAUCUUCCCCUUCAAAAAAGUGGAUAAUUACCAAUCAGCUGUUAAAUCUUCUCUCUCUAUCGCUCUCUCUCUCUCUCUCUCUCUCUCUAUUUUACUCAUCAAUUUUUUGCUUCUUCUUCUCUCUAACAGUAACUUGUUUUUCUAACUGUUCUUUUCUCUUUCUUGUUCUUCUUCUUGUCCUGUUACAAUAAUUCUUUAACUGUGAUUAACCUUCUCUCUCACAAUUGACCUGACUAAUUGUGCUAAUCUCUUGUCUUAAUCUAUUCUCUCACUGUUAAUCUAAACAAGAAGAAGAAACAACAACAACAACAAAUUCUCUCAGUUAAUUAUCCCUUUUUCUCUUUGCUGUUUUACAAGAGAAAAGAACAGAAAAUUUGUAAUAUAUUCUCUUUCCCUCUUUCUUUUUCUCUUUCUUUUGGUAUCACCUUCUUUCUUUUAGGUUAACCAGAUUUGUUCUAUUCUCUUUUUCUUUUUUCUUCUUUUUUUUUCUCUUUUGACUUUUCUAUUCUAUUUGCUCUCUUCUCCUUCUCACACCAAGAACACCAAUUAAUCCAGCAACUAUACAAAUCUAAUAAUUAUUUAUGUGAUUAAGAUGAUCAAUUAAUUGUUUACAUAAUCAACAAAUAUACACAUGAAUGUGUAUAUGUGCCUAUGUGUUUGUGUCUCCAUGAAAGUCAAUUAGUCUAAAUCAUCAACAACAAUUACAAGAAGAUAUUUAAGAAGUGAACAACAAAUUAAGUCUGGUUAAUUUGAUUAUGCUGGAUUCAAGAAUAAUGUUUAAUCAACCAUUAACAAUUAAAUUAACGCAAACAUCAUCAACAAUAAACACCAUUGCCAUUGAUAUUUUCUAUGUGCUACUAUUAUAUGUUACCUUCAAUCAACAACAACAACAUCAACAAGAACAACAAGUUAACCAUCAACCAUUUGAAAAGAAAAAAAAUCAACCAUUUUUUUCCCUAUUCUCUAUGACAUUGACUUCUCUGUUGAUGAUUACCAGUUGGAUUAUAAGUUACAGAUGAUCCUAGUGUGUUAAUAUAAAUACUUUUUUCAUUAUAAUUGUUAACUUUUUCUCUCUCAUUUACUUUGAUUAUACUUUUUUUUUUGCUUCUUCCUUCAUCACAUUGAACACACACACACACUCAAAUAUAUAUAUAAAUCUACAUACAUUAUCUAUGAACACGAAUGUUUAUUGUGACAACAAUCAACAAUUAAGGCUCUUAAUUUCGUUGUAACUGUUAAAUUUUGUUUUUCUCUUUUCAAUUUGGUUAAUUGACAAACUAUUUACUGCUACUUUUGUUGACUUUGGUGUUAUUGUUUUUACUCUUUUGCUGUUGGCAUCAGAAAACCUUAACCUGUCUGUUUAUCAGAGCUUCUAAUCGGAUAUUUUUCAUGGUAAACAACAUUAUAAUAUAAAAAAACUGUCUGAAUCCUGUUAUUGGUCUCGAAACAAUUUAAAUUAAUUAACUUCCAUUGAUUAUAUAUAAAAAUUUAUAUAUACAUUAUAUUAUAAGAAAACUAAUUCGCCAAACAUUUUUCUUUAAAAGUGACAUAGUUUGGGAUUGAUUGACAAUUACAAUUGUGAUUAUAUAACAAUCAACAGACAAAAAGCACCACCAGAUUUCACCAAAGACUAACGAUAAUCAAAGACGAAAUCAGAACUUAUUACUUUUCCCAUUGAAACAAUUGAAGAAAAUUAAAGAAUCAAAUUGGAAUCAAUUAAUCAGUACCAUGGGAAAAUCACUUCUGUAAGCGGCCUAUUAACACGUAGAAACGGAAAACGUCCAAACACAACAAUUAAGAGGAAAUUUCGAACUAUUAAUUUCUGCCUACCUGAAAAUUUAUUCUUCUCUCUCUCUCUCUCUCUUUCGUGGUGAUAGUUUUGUUCCGUACCCACAACAAAAGUGAUAACUGUUGAUCGUCCAUCAUCCGAAAACCUAAUUGUGAUAAUUAUAGACACGAAAAUUUAAAACAAGAAUAAGUGAUCAUCGGAUAUUUAAAGCAGUUAAAAAAAGCUACUUUUUUAUUUCUACCUAAAGGUCACCAAUAGAAGAAAAAAAAAGUUUCGGAUUAUCUUUUCAUUUUUGGUUUUCUAUCCAUUAAUCGGAUAACCCAUUUAGACUUUUAAUCCGUUUUCUCUCUCUCUCUCUUUCUUUUUCUCUUUCUCUCGAACAAACCUGAUUGGUGACCUCAAGUGACCAUUUGACUUUGCCUCUUUUCUCUCUCUCGACUCACUUUUUGCCUUUAAUUUUUUCUCUUCCAUAGAAACUCUUUAACACCCCUAGACCCUUUCUCUCUCUCUCUUUCUCUUUCUCUUUCUCAUAAACUCACUAUCUCCUUCUUCCCCCUCAUCUCCCUCGCAUCCGAGUGACCAACACAUAGGAAGAGAGAGAGUAAAAUUUAUCAUUCUCAUUGUCUUUGCUCAACGAUCAAGACUAAUUGUUAACCACUUCAUCCAUAGGACAACAAAGUUUAAUUUUUAUAUUUAUCACUUGCUUACCCUUUGGUUUCUCAUCAUAAUAAUACAAAACAAUCAUCAUCAUCAUCAUCAUACAUCAUCAUAACUGUUGAACUUAAUCAUCUUCAUUCAAUCAACACCAACAAUAAUAACAACAACAUCAUCAACAAAAUAUAUCAAUUGUGUCACCAAUUUAACCUUAACCACAUAUUUUAUACCUUUUAUUUUUGUUCUCACUCUGUGUAAAUUUGUAUCACUCUCACUCUCACUCUCUCUCUCUCUUUCUCGCUCCCUGUUCAAAUUACUUUACCUCUCUCACUCUCUCGUUGACAAUAAUUUAUUCUGUUAUUACAAUCAUCAUGCCUGUUGUUACUCUUGAUGAUUUUGAAAUUCUAAAAGUUCUUGGAACCGGUGCUUACGGUAAAGUAUUUUUAGUGCGUAAAACAAAUGGCGUCGAUGCUAAUCAAUUAUAUGCAAUGAAGUCCAUUAAAAAAGCAACCAUUUUAUCAAAGCCAAAAACACUGGAACACACACUGACCGAACGAAAAGUGCUUAAAAUUGUCUCAUCAGCGCCUUUCUUUGUCACCCUUCACUAUGCCUUUAAAUCAUCAGAUCGUCUUCAUCUUAUACUUGACUAUGUUAAUGGUGGCGAAAUGUUCACCCAUUUAUAUCAACGAGAUCGUUUCACUGAGUCAGAGGUUCGUAUUUAUAUCGGUGAAAUUGUUCUGGCUCUUGAAUAUCUUCAUCGCAACAAUGUAAUCUAUCGAGACGUGAAACUUGAAAACAUUUUACUGGACAGAGAUGGACACAUUGUCCUUACUGAUUUUGGAUUAUCCAAGGUUUUUGAUCCUCAAGCAAAGAUUGUCCGAACUUAUUCUUUUUGUGGAACCAUUGAGUAUAUGGCACCUGAAGUGGUUCGAAAUUGUAAUUUUGGCCAUGAUUUUGCUGUUGAUUGGUGGUCAGUAGGUGUACUCACCUAUGAACUUCUUACCGGUGCCUCGCCUUUCACCAUUGACGGUGGUAAAAAUGCUCAAAUCGAUAUCACCACAAGAAUAUUAAAAACUCAACCUCCCAUUCCCAACUAUAUGUCAUCAGCUGCCAUUGAUUUUAUCUCUAAACUUUUGGCCAAAGAUCCUAUUGAACGUCUUGGUACUGGUCGUUAUGGUGCUCGUGAGGUGAAACGACACCCGUUCUUCCAAGGACUAGAUUGGGAAGGACUUGCAAGUAAAAAGAUUCCCGCUCCCUUUAAACCUCGAAUCAACGGUGAAAUGGACACUUCCAAUUUUUCCGACGAAUUUACUACCAUGUCACUGGUUGAAUCUCCUUGUGCAACGCCUCCAAAUGCCGAUGAAUCAUUUGCAGAUUUUGAUUAUACCUCACCCACUAUUCUUAACGCCAAUGUUUACCAUAGUGGUGUUAAUGAAGACGACGAUGAAGAAGAAGAAGAGGAAGAAGAGGAGGAAGAAGAUGAAAUCAGUGAUGAAGAGGAUGACGAAGAAGAAAUAACAAAUGAUCGUAUAGUAGAUGACGAAGAUACUCAAUCGAUAUCGGAUGGAGGUGAAAAUGAAGAAAUUGAAGAAACCGAGGACGAAGCAAGAACUGUAGAAAUGGAUUCGGAUGAAGAGAUAGAAAUCGAAAGAACCAAAGUAUGUGAAGACGAUGAGGAAGAAGAAGAAUCAGAAGAGGAAGAUGCAGAUGAAGAGGAUGAAGAAGAAGAAGAAGAAGAAGAAGAAGAAGAGGAAGAGGAGGAAGAAGAUGAAAUCAGUGAUGAAGAGGAUGACGAAGAAGAAGAAAUAACAAAUGAUCGUAUAGUAGAUGACGAAGAUACUCAAUCGAUAUCGGAUGGAGGUGAAAAUGAAGAAAUUGAAGAAACCGAGGACGAAGCAAGAACUGUAGAAAUGGAUUCGGAUGAAGAGAUAGAAAUCGAAAGAACCAAAGUAUGUGAAGACGAUGAGGAAGAAGAAGAAUCAGAAGAGGAAGAUGCAGAUGAAGAAGAGGAUGAAGAAGAAGAAGAAGAAGAAGAAGAGGAGGAGGAUUAUGAUGACGAAGAGCAAUAUCAAGGGGGCGAAGAAGAUGAAGAGGAAGAUUAUCAAGGUAAUUGCCAAGAUCAAACUCCUGUUAUGUUCUACAUUCCAGAAGAUGAUGAGGAAGAUGAAUGCGAAAGAAUAGAAAUUGAAGCUUGUGAUAAUUCUGAUCAUCAUCGUUAUGCUCAUACUUUUAUGGCCUCACCAAUGAUGCUGAUGGAUCCUGAUACAACUCUAAAUUCAUCAAGCUCAACAUCAGCCUCACAGCGUAUUGUCGAUAUUUUUGGUUCACCACUUUCAUCAUCAUCAUCAACAUCAUCAUCAAACAGUUCAUCAAUAGAUGAAUCAACCGUUAGUGCACUUUCACCCGCCUCCGAACGCCUUUCAAAUGCCUUUAAUGGUGAUUUAAGCUCAGCAACAAAUUUACAUUCCUCUAAUCCGCGCUCAUCAACACCCGCCGUCUCACCUGUUGACUGCAAUACAACUGGAUCUCUACCACUCUCAGAAUCUUUCCUGGCCAAUCAUCGAGCGGUCAAGCGUCUAUUUGAUUCCUCCCUCUCCUCCUCUUGCGAAGAGGAAAAGUGCAAUCAAGUCAAAAAGACAAAAGUGUUAAAUAAUAGUUGUAAUCUAACUAAUGUAUUCUUGUUUUCAUCCAACACUCCCUUUCUAUCAUCCCAAUACUGAUUCGCAUUCUCACUCACACAACUCACUCUCUUUCUCAUCAGUUUCUCUCUCUCUCUCUCUCUCUCCCUUCCAAGCAAAAUUGACGCAUCAUUUUCUCCAUCCUCAUCAUCUCAUUAUAAUUUUUUUUUCUUCUCUCUUCUCUUUCUCUCUUUCUCUCUCUCUCUCUCUUCUAAUUUAUUCACAUUCUAAUCAUUUCGAUGUUUUUACCAUAUUCAUCCACACACAAACUCUCACCUAUUUUUUUGUCAAAUUUUGGUUAUAUACAUAAAUUAAUUUACCCUAUUUCCUUUUCCUCUCUAAUCAUCAUCAACAAAAACAAAAUAUGUUACAUUAUUUGUCCAUUAAUUAUCCCCACCCCACAAAACCUAAAAAUUUUUGACUUUUACAGAAACUUUAAAGAAAAACAAUUGAAUCAAAACAAUAAAAAUAUAUAAUAGCAAA